AUGAUCAAAGCAAUCUUCUACAGUAAAUUCGACACAAUAGAGGGUCCUAAAGUCGUCCAUCAGGUCCCCGACGGAGCUAUCGUACCCACCCCCACCGCGCCCUCACAACCACCCUUCCUCACAUUCUCCGAUGUCUCCUUCUUCGUGAUCCCCCGCCAGGAGCUCUGUGGGAACCUGUUGCAGGUCUGCACAAACGGAUAUCGUAUCCUGGGUUACCCAAUUUGCAUGAAGUCAGUGCGGUAUGACCGCAACGAAUUCAUCUUCAACUUCUGCAUAGUCCUGGCCGAGGAAGACGACUUCAGCACGUAUAAGAGCGUGGUGCAAAAGCUAGCAGACCUAAUGCAUGGUUUGGAAGAGCAGAAUGGUUUCUUGUCCCGCGAUUUCUCGAAAAGUGGUGAGGGGAAAGUGCAUAGUCUCUGUGAGAUGUUGAUGGAGGACUUGAACAAUUAUUGCGAGUGCAUGAUUCCCAUCGACGAAUUAAACACUCUGAACAUCAAGCUUUUCCCAAUAUAUCCCUCUCCCCCAACCGUCAAGGCCUGGCAAGUGCCGCUCUUCACGUUGCGAUACCAAGCCUUCAUGGAUGAGAAUUGGGACUUGACCAUGCAAAGGAUCGUACCACAUAUCAACGGCGUCAAUAGCGUUCGUAUCAUCUCCGUCCUAGCCGACACAGACUUCUCCCUCACCUGCCGUGCCCUCCGACACCUCCUCUACUACGGCUGCCUAUUUAUCCUCGACAUAUUCUCCUUCUCCGCCAUCUACGCUCCAACCGCCCAACUCACCGCAACAAUAGCCUCCGACGAAGCCAUGCAACUAGAAUGUGCCCGCUACGUAAACCUCCGCUUCGCACCACACCCACCAAUCGGUCCAGACUCCCCUCUCCCCGCAACCCUAGUCAGAUCCCCAAGCGCCAACGGUAGCACAAACGGUAGCCCAGGAAUAGCUCCCCUCUCCAGCUCCCUCACCACGAACCCAGCACCAAGCCUUACACGUGAGGAAUCCCGCUUUGAUGCCGAAGAAAUCUGGCCCCUCCUAGGCCCCGAAGAAAACCCCUCCACCUCCACCACCACAACAUCCGCAACCGCAUUCCAUAAACCAGCGAUCGUCGAUGGCGUCGGUCUAGUCGAGCUCUACGCAAGUCUGAAACAAGGCCAGAGCGUCAAGCAAUGGUACGCAGCGCACAGCCGCGCCCUAGCAAACAUCGACAUCCGCCGCUUUAUCACCUUCGGCGUGAUAAAGGGCUUCUUGUAUCGCGUACACAAGUACGCAUGCGCAACGAGCCAACCUGCGCCCCCGCCGCGCGCGUCCUCGUUCACGCCGACGGGUCUCUCGUCGCACGCGACUACGGGAACUAAUACCCCAUAUGCGUUCUCGAGUGUUUCAGAGGAUGCGCCUAUCUCGGCGGCUAUGAGGGGAGAGUCUACUCGUGAGCGGGCUGGGUCCGGGUCGUUGAUGAGUGGGAGUCGGAAUGGGAAUGGGAACAGGAGUGGAGGGGCGCCGUCGGCGUUUUGGGAGGAAGAUGAGGAGAUUGUUGGGGAUGAAGCUCUUGGGAAGUAUCUUGAUGGUACGCAUUGCUUUGAUCAGGUUUGUACGGAGUUGGAGAUGAGUGAGAGGGAGUUGACGGCUAGGCUAAAGAGGUAUCCUUGGGAGGUAUUAAUUCUUCAUAGAUGA